GCAAUAUGGAAAAAACAACACCUCUUCGAGUGGACAUGCAUACUCAUAUUCUUCCUAAACAUCUGCCUGACCUAUCUCAGAAAUAUGGUUAUGGCGGCUGGAUUUCAACUGAACCACUUCCAAAUGGACAAGCGAGAAUGAUGCUAGAUGGCAAACCAUUUCGAGAUAUUUGUUGUAAUUGCUGGGAUGCAGACGAGCGCAUCUCAGACUGCAAAAAAACCGAUGUUGAUGUACAAGUGAUUUCAACCAUUCCAGUUUUGUUCAAUUAUUGGGCGAAACCUGAACAUUGUCUUGAUCUUGCCAAAUAUUUGAAUGAUGAUAUUGCAUCUACUUGCGAACAGAAUCCUGGAAAGUUUAUUGGUUUGGCGACUCUUCCUAUGCAGGCACCGGAAUUGGCAGUUAAAGAAUUACGUCGAUGUAUAGAAGAGCUUGGUUUGGCAGGAAUUCAAAUUGGUAGUCAUAUAAAUGACUGGAAUUUGGAUGCUCCUGAACUCGAACCCAUCUGGACAGCUUGUGAAGAACUUGAUGUUGCAGUCUUUAUUCAUCCUUGGGAUAUGGAGCAAAAAGGUCGUAUGUCCAAAUACUGGUUUCCUUGGCUGAUUGGCAUGCCAUGUGAAACGACUAUUGCUAUAGGUUCACUCAUUUUUGGUGGAGUGCUUGAACGUCAUCCCAACUUGCGUGUCUGUCUUGCUCAUGGCGGUGGAUCGUUUCCUUAUACCAUUGGUCGUCUUGAACAUGGAUUCAAUUGUCGUCCUGAUUUGGUUGCAACACAUUGUUCGGCAUCUCCUCUAUCGUAUCUCGGUCGUAUUUGGUGUGAUUCACUCGUCCACGAUGCUGAUAGUUUGGAUUUGCUUGUUAAAAAAAUGGGAAUCGAUCGAAUCGUUCUAGGCAGUGAUUAUCCCUUUCCAUUGGGUGAGCAGAAACCAGGCGAGUUGGUCCAACUCAGCAAGACAUUGAGUGAUCAAGACAAGGCUAAAAUUCUUGGCGAGAAUGCCAUCAAAUUCUUUGGAUCCAGAGUUGAUGCAUCGCUAUAUUUAAAAAACAAAUAAUAUCCAAGAUUCAUGUUUGGAAUAAAAAUGUAUGUUUACAUGC